GGCUGGACUCCAGAGUCAGUGGAGCGAUGACUACAUAAGCGUCUGGAGCUACUGCCACAAGACGAACAAACUUAACAAAGAUCAUACGGACUUCAGAAGGACUUAACUUCUACAGGGAGAAGGGGAAAAGUAGGCUAUAAGAGGAGCUGAAUUCCGCUACCAUGACCUCACAGACAAGCUAUGGCAGUAGUAUGUUAUUCCGGUCCAUAAAUGAAGACCUAAAUGCAUCACUUGCCACAGCCGAUGAAUUAUCCAAAGAAUUUAGUUCUAUGCUCAAAGAAGCAUCAUCAAACAGCAAUGACACCCCAUCACAGACCACGUUUAAAGAGUAUAGGGGGAGACCAGAGCCCAUGUCCAUGCCCAUGUCUAUGUCCGGCACAUUGGUCACAUCAACUGGGGCAAGUGGCAGCAGUACUGACAGCUACAGCAGCAAACCAUUUUACCAAAGUCCAACGACAAAUCGAUCUCUGGACUCUGUACUAUCGGACAAUAAAAAUUGUCCAGUUUCACCUGCCUUUUCUCCCAUCAAACUUCCAUCAUCCAAAAUUCAGCGUGAGUCGCUGUCUGGACCUGACAGCUUUUCUUUCAGAAUAGACAGCCCCAAAGAGUCUCCAAAAACCCAGAGGAGAAAUUCCCCUGUCAGGAGUCCACGUGUUUCAACCAGUUACAUGGAGAGAAGCAUUUCUCCCAUUCCUUCAGCUGUUCCUCCAUCACCCCGCACACCCUCUACCUCUUACUCCUCCUCCAACAUGCUCAGCCCAUAUGACAAUGCCCAGAUGGGACGAAGAUCCCCAAGACCAGACAGAAGCCCCUCACCACUGGCUUUCACUCACUCUAUAUCCAGCACAUUACCUCGAAACUUCAGAUCAGCAGAAGAAAAUGUGCAACGUCAGAAGUCUCCCAGCAAAUGGAGUGAGACAGAUCUUGACAUGUCGUAUGAGAGAAAACCUCACCACACCUAUGACAAAACUGAGUGGCUGCGACCUAUGAUGUCAAGCGGUAGCUGGAGGGAAUCAAACCUGGAUGGUCCUCUUCAGCCAAGCCCCAAAAAGGAGUCUCGCUCUCCGUCUCAUCAGUCAUACAGCUCCCUUCCUCGUACUACACGUAUUGCCGUUCCUCCGGAUGCUUCUUCACAGGCAUUUACACCAUACCUCCCUCAGCCUAUCAUCUCCCGUAUCUCUAUUCCUCCCACUUCGGCCCAGCAACGUCAGCGACGACCCAUUCCUCUGUCUGUCAUCAUGCGUCUACAGAACCCCCAUCUGUCAACCUAUCAGCCCACUGUACCCCUCCCAAGGGAAUACUUUCUUCCACCUGCACAGCAACCUCAACAAAGGCCCCCUGAGCUCAGACAGCCACCUGUGUACAGUGACGCUCUGAAUCCAUCUGAUGUCGAUGCUGAGUUGGAGGCUAUUGAUAUGAUGCAUCACAUGGGUAUAAUUGAUGAAAACACCAUACUUGACCCCAUCAGAGACCAGGGGGCUCAGAUUGCACCACGCCCCCUCAGCCCCACCAGACUGCAGCCAGUGGUGGCUCCUGAGGCCCAGGUGCAAGAGAUCCCAAACCUGGAGGAGCUGUUGGCCAUUCGAGCAGAGAUCCCCCGUGCUCUGAAGAGAAGGGGGUCCAUGGACCACUCUCGCCCUCUAAAAAAAGCAUCCCAUUAUGACCCGAACCAGUAUAAGUUUCUCAUCAGCAAGCUCUUUCGCAAAAAGGAACGACAUUCUAAAGGGGAUCCCGGUAGUGAUAACAGCAGCUCCUCUGAUGGAGAAGAUUUUGCCACCCCUCCUUCUCUUCCUACAACCACUAUGCCACCCCAUGGAUACAAGAGUUAUCAUUCCAUCCUGCGUAAGCCCCGAGAGCGCAAGUCAUCAGGGAAGAGAGCACGCCUGAGCCCCCUGGUGUUGGCUCUGGAUGGGGCACUAGUGGGUGAACUGGACACAGUGCAGCGGGCCAUGCAGGAGAUGAAUGAUCCCAGCCAACCUAAUGAUGAAGGCAUUACUGCUCUUCACAAUGCAAUCUGUGGAGGCCACUACAAUGUUGUGGACUUCUUGGUCCGUAUUGGAGCAAAUGUCAGUGCUCCAGACAGCCAUGGAUGGACACCACUGCAUUGUGCAGCUUCAUGUAAUGACAGGAAUCUUUGUGAGUUUCUGGUGAGAAAUGGAGCAGCUGUUAUGGCCGUAACAGAAAGCGACUGGGCAACUGCUUCACAAAAGUGUGAUCCGUUUGCGGUUGGAUUCGAGGAGUGUGAAACCUUCCUAAGAGGAGUGGAAGAGGCCAUGGGUGUGGAGAACAGUGGUGUCCUAUAUGCUCUUUGGAGUUACCCAGCCCAAGCGCCUGAUGAGUUAAGCUUUAAGGAUGGAGAUAUGGUUACAAUCCUACAGAAACAAGAGGGCUCUGACUGGUGGUGGGCGUCAUUAUGUGGGAGAGAAGGGUUUGUGCCUAACAAUUACUUUGGGUUAUUUCCAAAGGUGCGGCCAAAAACUAUAUGCUGAAAAGCUGAAGAAGACUAUUUGGUAUGGACUGUAGUGUUUAUAUAUAUUUUAUUAUAGGAAAAAAUGUGUCAAAUUUUGGCCUGACUGACAAGAAUAUCUGUUAAGUAUACUUUUUUGUGCACAUCCAGGCAAAUGUGUCACCUGCUUUAAACCAGUCCUUCAAUGCUGCUGGGGCAAUCUACCAGGCUUGGUAGUGAUCCAUAUAUACAGUAUCUGGAAACCCAAAAUGUGCUGUUAAAAUUACUUGUUUAGCUGCUAAUCUUACAUAGAGCAGAGAUAUUACCUAUAAAAACAAUAACCAUUAUUUUGGUACUUUAGAACCUUAGAUUACGAUUAUUACGAAAUUGUUGGAUUUGAUUGAAGCAUUGACAUCAAACUCUCACUUACAAGCUCUGCUUUCUUAUGCGUCAUCAUGAAAGAUCACUGUGUCCCUGUUGACACUAACUGUUACUGGAAAAACCUGACUAAAAGCAGGGAACUGUUUGAGAUAGUAGAGAAUUGCUGCCACUGUAACAUAGAUUAAACUGUACAUUUAAUGCCAUAAUAAGUGGAUGUGUCUUUGCUUCUUUUGUUUUGUGCUCCGUGAGAGCUGUGUAGGUUGUAUAACUUUUACAAAUGAGGAAUGUAUAUAGUGAAUUGUGACACAGACUUAUUACAUUUUUAUUAAUAAUGAACUGCAUAAAACAUUUGCAUAUGUGCUUACUUAGUUUCCUGCUUGUAAAGUGAGCCAGAGCAAACUAGACUACUCCAAUCAGACACUUUUGCACCUUCUUGAGAUGUGAUAUGGCGCUAUUUUUUUAAGUGAAAAGUCCAUUACUAGCCAACAGGUGGCACUAUACAUUAGGUAUGACACCAUGCACUUAUGUAGAAAAGCCACAUUAAGCAUUAAAGCUUCCAGUAUUGCUUUCUGUAAAAUACCUCUUUUUAUUAUAUCUUUAUUAAACAUUCACAUUUGUUUGAAGGUCUGUUUAUUCAUAUGGCUUCUUCCACCUUCCAUCACCAGUCCAAACAAUGUUAGUUUUAGCUUCUAGUUUCUUAAAGCAUAUUUAAAACUGUACUAUGAUUUUUAUUGUUAUAAUUAAGGCAGUGAUGUGAAUACUAUUUUGUUUGAAGUUCACUGCAUUCUUUGUGCUUAUAUGCAAUUUAUGGUGAAGAGGGCUCUCUGUGUAGAAUAGUAAUAAAGGUGAUGUUUUGUACAUGUA